GCUUGAUGUGUGUGUGUUGGGGGGGAAGUGGGUGUCGCUGUGUAGAAUAAUUAUACGAGACAAGGGAGGCAUUUUCUGACUGGUGUCUUCACAGAGGACUGAACAACUCAAGGUCUGAGGACUGCUGUGAUUUCACCUGCAAUAAGGGUCCCGUGAACGGAUUUGAUCUGGAUUUUCGACAGGUAGGACCGGUCGAAAUGUGGAUAUAAUGUAUCCAAACAUAGGCUACAUUGUCUCGAGAUCCUGAACUCUUGAGUGGACCUAUGAUGUUCUGUCUACGAAGAGACGCGAAGGGUGCAAGCCACCACAGAAGCACCGCGGACUGUUGUUGUCUGAGAAAUGAUAACAAAUGAACGACACGGAAAGGAACAUGGUUGAAAGGACCAGUAAAUUUCUGUUGAUCGUCGUCGGAUCGGUCUUCUUCAUGCUGAUUUUGUACCAGUACGUGGCGCCCGGGGUGAUAAACUUCGGCUCCCCGCACGGGUACCUUCUCGGCGAAGAGGACAUGACCAUUUUCCCCACUCCGGAUCCGCACUACGUGAAAAAGUACUACUUCCCUAUUAAAGAUCUCGAGCGCAACAUAGAUUUUGAAAUCAAAGGGGAAGACGUGAUUGUGUUUCUCCACAUCCAAAAGACCGGCGGGACCACCUUCGGGAGACACCUGGUCCAAAAUGUUCGACUGGAGCUUCCGUGUGAUUGUAGACCGGGCCAGAAGAAGUGUACUUGCUACCGUCCGAACCGAAAGGAGACCUGGCUGUUUUCUCGGUUCUCCACCGGCUGGAGUUGCGGCUUACAUGCGGACUGGACCGAGCUCACCAACUGCGUCCCGGGAGUUCUCAACAAAAAAGAGAGCAAGUCGAAAAAAAUGAGAAAGUUCUACUACAUCACUCUACUGAGGGACCCUGUUUCCCGCUAUCUUAGCGAAUGGAGGCACGUCCAGCGCGGGGCCACGUGGAAGACGUCCCUGCACAUGUGCGACGGACGGACCCCUACACCCGAAGAGUUGCCGCCCUGCUACGAGGGCACGGACUGGUCAGGGUGCACUUUGCAGCAGUUCAUGGACUGCCCCUACAACCUAGCCAAUAACCGCCAAGUGCGCAUGCUGGCCGACCUUAGCCUGGUGGGCUGCUACAACCUCUCAACGGUCCCUGAGAAGAGGCGCUCACAGCUCCUACUCGAAUCGGCCAAGAAAAACCUUCGAGACAUGGCUUUCUUUGGCCUGACGGAGUUCCAGCGGAAGACGCAGUACUUGUUCGAGCGCACCUUCCACCUCAAGUUCAUCCGGCCGUUCAUGCAGUACAACAGCACGCGGGCGGCUGGCGUUGACCUGGAUAACGGCACGAUACAGCGCAUCGAGGAGCUCAACGAUCUGGAUAUGAAGCUGUACGACUACGCCAAAGACCUGUUUCAGCAGCGCUACCAGUUCAAGCACAUGUUGGACCGGCGGGAGCAGAGACUACUGAGAGGACAGGCGUCUUUCCACAGCCCGUUCCGAGAGGACGGAGUCGGGGGAGAGGGUAUGGCACGCCUGCCAACCGAGGACUACAUGAACCACAUCAUUAAUGGAUGGUAACCGCCCACCCCUCUCCAGAGAGACCGAAAAAGAGACACAGUAACGAGGAGAGGGGGAAUAAACGGACCCAAGUGGAAUACCCGUUCCCAGGCUGGAGAGUUCAAUGUUCCAUUCUUUGGUCAGGAAUACAGGACCAGAAAACGUUCUAGAAGCAUUUCGCUUAGUGCAGCAUCUCAAAGGCCUUUUUUUAAACAAAAGUUCUGGCAUAACAUUAAUAUUAAAUUAUCGAUUUUUUUCGUUUGUGCCACAAACCAUUUUUUCUCGACCUCAGUGCUGCAGUGUUUCAGAGAAAGAGUGACUGAAAUGAACACACAGGUAUUUCAAUACCUGGUUCACAUGAAUAUCUAAAAAUCUAUUGAUUGUUAAAAGAUUGUUUGUUUUUUAUAUACAUAAAUAUAAAAUAUGUGUAAAUCUUAGAUUGCCUUUUUUUAAACCUUGUGUGAAAUGGAUGGAGCCAGUCAGGUGGUGGAGAAUUACUAACAGGUGUUGUGAGUGAGUAUGAUUUUAUAGAUCUUAAUAUAUAUAACACAGAAGAGUCCCUUUUUCCAUGAGUGUUUUUAUCAUUUUUUCCCCCUUUUGAGUGUUGAACAGAUUCCCAUAAGCCCUUGAGAUUGUGUUGAAAAGCCAUUCCUGACAGUCAGAUGUAUCCAACUGCAGUUCAGUCAUUUCUGAUACCUAAAAAAACAAAAAAAAAAACAAUUACGCCAUCAUGCACUGUUUUGUUUUUUUUUGUUUAAGCAUGUGCUAAUUUAUACAGUAUGCACUGUAUGCGUGUUUUUUUUUACAUUUGCUGUGAUCCUUUUACCCAUAAUCCAGUUUAAAACCAAAUGAACCUUUUCCAAUCAGGAUUCACAUCAUCACUUGCCCUUGUUAAUUGUUGAGUUCGCACGCAUGUAAAACAUGUUAAUUGAACUUGCACUGAGCGUGUUGAGGCUUGAUAUCCCUCACAGAUAGUUCUCGUUUGGCUCUGUGUCUUCGGAGACUCCUUAACUCCCAUCUUCGCACUUCCCUCCAGCUGAAACUCAAAAUAAAUAGACUCCUGUUGAAGCCUAUUGAAGAUCCAUGUAAAAAUGCUAAUGGGAAAAGAGUGAAGAAAUGGAUCUUAUGUUCUGUUUGUAUGUAUCAAUCAGGAUAUGGAGAACAAUCCUGAUUGGUGAAACCAAGAGAUUGGUGAGGAAAAUGUGACCAUUGCUUUGAGUGUGUGUAUGCAGUGUAUACAAGUGUGUGUGUGUGUGUGUGUGUGUGUGUAUAUAUUGUGUGUGUGUGUGAGAGAGAGAGAGAGCAAGCUAAUUUGAGGUGUCUUGAGUUUGCGAGUUUGUUUUCCAAUAUGAUCAUUACUGUGAGUAUUUCUGUUAUUCAUGACACCUGGAUCUUUAAAGGUACCAAUAAAAAAGAUAUUUCCCAUUUUUAAUGA